CCCGCCUCGUCCCGCGGACGGCAGGUGGCCGUGCUGAGGGAGGAGGCGGCGGCUGCAGGCGAGUAGCGGGGCGGGAGUGUCUGGUGGUGCGGGACUCGGUGCUCACCGCUCCUGACGGCAGCGGUGAGGAGUGCGCCACCAAGUCUUGAAGAAGCAGAGGCUUGGGAAUACUGGCAGCCUUGUAAGAGUCAUCGUGAAAUAUUACAAGGUUAAACAGCUGAAGGUAGAAGCAACUGUGGAUAACACUUGUUGCUGUUAGAAGAUGGAGAACAACGUAACUACUAUCUCUCGAGAAGAGCUUGAAGAACUAAGAGAAGCGUUCAAUAAGAUAGAUAUUGACAACAGUGGAUAUGUCAGUGACUAUGAGCUUCAGGACCUGUUUAAAGAAGCAAGCCUACCUUUGCCUGGUUACAAAGUCCGGGAGAUCAUAGAAAAGAUUUUUACAGUAACAGAUAGCAACAAAGAUGGGAAAAUAAACUUUGAAGAAUUUGUCUCUUUAAUUCAGGAAUUAAAAAGUAAAGAUGUUAGCAAAUCCUACCGAAAAUCAAUAAACAAAAAGCUGGGUAUUACAGCACUUGGAGGAACAUCUGCAAUAUCUACUGAGGGGACGCAGCAUUCUUAUUCAGAGGAAGAAAAAGUUGCUUUUGUUAAUUGGAUAAAUAAAGCUCUACAAGAUGACCCAGACUGUAAGCACAUUCUCCCCAUGAACCCAUCAGAUGCUAGUCUUUUUAAAUCCCUUGCAGAUGGCAUUCUUCUUUGCAAAAUGAUUAACUUUUCACAACCAGAUACAAUUGAUGAAAGAGCUAUUAAUAAGAAGAAACUCACUCCUUUCACUAUUUCUGAAAACUUAAACCUGGCUCUGAACUCAGCAUCUGCAAUUGGCUGUACAGUGGUCAAUAUUGGAUCACAAGAUUUGCAAGAAGGAAAACCACACUUGGUAUUAGGUCUCUUGUGGCAGAUAAUUAAAGUUGGUCUUUUUGCUGAUAUUGAGAUCUCUAGAAAUGAAGCUCUCAUCGCUUUGCUAAAUGAAGGGGAAGAACUAGAUCAGUUAAUGAAGCUUUCCCCAGAGGAGCUCUUGUUACGAUGGGUGAACUACCAUCUGACCAAUGCAGGGUGGCAAAAAAUCAGUAACUUCAGUCAAGACAUUAGGGAUUCCAGAGCAUACUUCCAUCUGUUAAAUCAGAUUGCACCCAAAGGAGGUGAAUUUGAUGAAAUGCAUGUUGAAAUUGACUUUUCGGGGUUUAAUGAUAAAAAUGACUUGAGGAGGGCUGAAUACAUGCUCCAACAGGCAGACAAAUUGGGCUGCAGGCAGUUUGUAACUCCAGCUGAUGUGGUUGCAGGCAACCCUAAACUCAAUUUGGCUUUCGUUGCAAAUCUCUUUAACACAUAUCCAGCCCUACACAAGCCUGACAAUUCAUCUUAUGAUCUCACUUUAUUAGAAGGAGAAAGUAAUGAAGAAAGAACAUUCAGAAACUGGAUGAAUUCACUGGGUGUAAGCCCAUACGUUAAUCACUUAUACAGUGACCUCUCUGAUGCUUUAAUAAUCUUCCAACUGUAUGAAAUGACUCGUGUGCCAGUUGAUUGGACUCAUGUUAACAAACGUCCUUAUCCUCUACUUGGUGGUAAUAUGAAAAAGAUUGAGAAUUGCAAUUAUGCUGUAGAACUUGGGAAGACAAAAGCAAAGUUCUCCCUGGUUGGUAUUGCUGGACAUGAUCUAAAUGAGGGCAAUCCAACUUUGACUUUGGCUUUGAUAUGGCAGCUGAUGAGAAGGUAUACUUUGAAUGUGCUAUCAGACCUUGGAGAGGGUGAAAAAGUUAAUGAUGAAAUUAUUAUUAAGUGGGUGAAUCAAACACUUGCAAAUGCAAAUAAGAAAACUUCAAUUACCAGUUUCAAGGACAAAUCAAUUAGCACUAGUUUACCUGUCCUAGAUUUGAUAGAUGCAAUUGCACCAAAAGCAGUUCGCCAAGAAAUGGUCAAGAGAGAAGAUCUUUCUUAUCAAGACAAAUUGAAUAAUGCCAAGUAUGCCAUUUCAGUUGCUCGAAAAAUUGGUGCUCGUAUAUACGCUCUCCCAGAUGAUCUGGUUGAAGUGAAGCCAAAAAUGGUGAUGACAGUGUUUGCAUGUUUGAUGGGAAGAGGAUUGAACAAAAUAAAAUAAUGAAGAGAUUUAACACAACUUCCUGUGAUGUUUAAGCAUGACAAAUGCUUCACAGCUUAUGGAAUUUCAAAGCUUAGUACAAAAUGAGAAAUUGUAUGCACAAAUAUAUUAUGUGUUUUUAUGAAAUUGAAUGAAAUUUUAAUACACUGAUUAUUUAUGGUUGCUACUAUUUUCAGAAUGUUCGUUAUAAAAUAUCUAAUUUGUAUUGCUUUGAAAACAAACCAACUCAACUGCAUCAAUCAAGCAUCGGUUUAUUUAGCACGUAACCACCUGUAUCAUUUUACCUUUCAUGUUUUUUGAGCAUCUAUUGAGAAACUUUUUUUUGGUGGCUGUUAGUUAAAUUUAGUCAUACCUGUAUCAAGAUGCACUCCGGUCCCUAUUUCAUUACCCUGAACUUCAUAAUUUAUCAUCCUUGCCUUAUUCUUUAAGAGUUUAAAUCCUGCUGAAACCUGAGUCUUGUCACUGACUUAAGUCAGAGCAAGUGAAGGCCUAUGAUAUCUGGAAGCUAAAGAAUAUUCAUAAAGCUGAUGAAACUUUUUGUGAGAAUCAUCUUUAAGUGUAGUAGCUUUGCUAUUGAGCAAGAACUUCUAUGGUCUGUGUCCUAAGGAAAAAAGCAUAGUAAGCAGACGUGUAAUAAUGUUAUUAGAUCCGCAUAUAUGUUACCUUUUUCAGUUGAACUACACAAGAUUUUUUUUAAAUUUCAUAAAAUAUUGUAAAAGUGAACAAUAAAAGCCUGGCCUGUCCAGUUUGGGGGUUCACCUAAA